AUGGCGCGAGAAGGAGACUCAGAUGGCACAUUGGCCAUGCCCCGGCUAGACGAAAUAUUGCGCCACCCAGAAGACCUGGAUAAGAUUGCAGGAUUGAAAGCCGAAUAUACACGAAAGAAGGGAGCAGUUGACUCACAGCUCCGGGAAGGUCUCCGGCAUCAAUUGGAAACGGUUCAACGAAGUAUAAAUGCCUUGACUGAGGGCCAGCGACAGGUCACGAAGACGAGAGACGAACUUCAGACUAUAGACAAGCUGUGCGCGGAAUCACAAACGAGCGUCGAGGACUUUUCGCGAAUUGAUAAAUUGGCCAAAGUACAGCGGAACUUCGAAGCAACCCUGAUGAUGAAGAAGGGCUUGGAGAACUUCAGUACCGAUCUUGCGGAGGUCGAGGAACUUUUGCGACAGGACGACGAGGAUCUCGAGAAUCAGCCGAAUUUGUUACGGGUACACAUGCAGAUCUCGCGGUUGAGAGAUUUUCGAGACGAGGCAAUGGACCAGAUUCGCAAGGCUCAGGAUCCGAGCAGCGAAGCGACGCUGGCGGACUACUUCCAAGGCCUGGAUUCUGUCAUUGAUUGGUUUGAUGAGCAUCUCGGAACUGCUUGUAUGAAUCUCAUCCCGCUAGUGCAGUCAGACAACCGGAGUAUGGUUGUCCGGCUGGGUGUGAUUGUCAUGACUGAGGAGAAGAAUGACGCGACGGUGCGCGCUCUUCAGGAGGCACAAAAGGAUCAUCAGGACCUGGCAGGCCGGUUUAAGUCCAUGAACAUCGGUCCUAAAACAGUUCGCGGCUACAAAGAGAAACUCUUGCAAGCAAUCGAGCUGUAUGCGGAGAACCAGUUUCAGGAAACUAAGGAGGCGUUUCUGGGCGAUCCUGAGAACCUGGAUAAGAGCUUCAAGUGGUACUUCAACGACCUCUUUUCUGUUCAACAAGGCAUGCAAGCACUGCUUCCGAAAAAGUGGAAGAUUUACAAAACAUAUACGAAUAUUUAUCACCGAAUGAUGCAUGAUUUUCUUAUCGAGCUCAUUAAUGACCCUGAGUUACCGGCAGACAACUUGCUUGCGAUUCUUCACUGGAGCGAAAAGUAUUAUAAGAAAAUGAAAAAGCUCGGCUGGAAGCAAUCCGAGCUCCAACCGAACAUUCUUGACGACCGUGAGCCUGAGCUCAUCCGACAGUGGCAAAACAUCAUCAUCAAAGCUGUGGAGGAAUGGAUGGAUCGUAUUACCGAAACAGACAGGAAAGGGCUCGUCGAGCGCAUUCCAGAUUCCCUCGACACCAACGCAGAAGGAUAUUUCCGUACAAAGACCCUUCCAGAUAUGUGGCGUAUGCUGCACGAACAGAUUGUGGCUUCUGGUGCUUCCUCUCGAACAGAUGUUGUAGAAGGCAUCAUUGAUGCCAUGUUCCGAGUGCUCAAGAGUCGCCAAACCACCUGGCAAACGCUCAUUGACGAGGAAUGUGCGAGAUAUAAGGCGGUGGGCGGCGACCAACUCGAAGGCCUCCAGCUAUUGCAAGAUUGGCUCAUUGCCGUUGCCAACGAUCAGAUCGCCUGCAUUGACGACAAUGACGAGUCGGGCCAGCUGGGAUACUUGAGCAAAUUCAAGCGUGAUUUCGAGCCAUCCGUGGAUCCGAAGUAUAUGGCCUCACGAGCCAUACCUGAACUCGACGCUCUGCGGGACGGCUAUGUGGACUUGAGUACGUAUUGUCUCACUCAGUUCGUCGAACUGGUCUUCACUGUCGACUUCCGCACCACUAUUCCAGACUUCUUCACCCAAAAAUGGUAUGGCGACUUUGCCAUCAAGCGAAUCACCUCAACUUUUGAGGACUACAUGACAGAUUACUCUGCCGUUCUGCAUCCUUCCCUGACCGACAUCCUGGUUGAAGAACUGUCCGACGAACUCCUGAUCCGAUAUCUAUCAUCGGUCCGCAACAAGGGUGUCAAGUUCAAGCGGCACGUCGAUCCGUACACCGACAAAUUCAAAGACGACGUCCUUACAGUCUUUGCUUUCUUCCAGAAAUACCCCGACUCUUUUGCUUCGAUCAAGCAGAAGUGGCGGCUAGUUGAUUGGCUUCUCCGUCUGCUCGAAGCAGAGAAAGGUCCGGCUCUGGUUGCAGUUUACGAGGACUUCAAAACGGAUUACUGGGAUCUACAGCUGUCAUGGGUUGAAGCAGUGCUGAGGACUAGGGAUGAUUUCGAGAGAAGCAUGAUCAGCGCCAUCAAAACAAAGGCGGCGGAAUUGUCAAUAGAGAGGGGUACAGAGACGCUCAUGAGUCGCGUGCGAUGA